AUGGAGGCUGUCGGCACUGGAAUUGGUGAUCGGAAACUUUGUGAGAUCGAUUGUUUGAGUUCGAUUAUUGAAGAUAUAACCCCUACAAAUGAGGAGAGUCACCCUUUACCUCUCACUGAGACAUCAAAUUCAAUCAAAGAGAUACGUCAGUGGUUAGAACCAUGUCUUGUGAAGAUUGAAGAGAAAAUAGACGCCUCAAGCUCGAAUAGAGAAAUACGUCAGUGGUUGGAACCUAUACUUCUGAAGAUUGAUGAGAAAAUUGUGACUUCAAAUACAAAUAAAGAAAUUCGUCAGUGGUUGGAACCCAUACUUGUGAGGAUGGAAGAGAAAAUCGUUACAAGUGUAAAGAAAUAUUUUUCAAUACAUGCUAUACCCGAUUGCGGUACUUUUCAACUCAUUAUGGAUAAUGAAUGCCCUCAAUAAAAAAAAUUCGUAUGUUUAUCUUUCAAUCACUUCUUUGUACGGAUGUGUGUUGAUUUUAUUUUAAUAGGUACUCACUUUUAUCAUUUUAAUGUAAAUAGGUAUAAU